AUGUCUACAGAUAUCACCCAAGAUGGCGGGCGGUCUAUAUUAACCUGGAGGGCCAGUAAAUACACAAAGAAGAUAUCGCCAUUAGGUCUAUGGAAGACGUUGAAGAAGGCUUUCAACACCUGGUCCUCGGUCACAGGGUUGCGCUUCCUGUACACGAGACAGACGCCCGAUAUCCAGAUCGACUUCGAGCACGGAAACCACGGUGACGGAGCGGGCCUGGCUUUUGACGGAAAACGUUUUCUAAAACUUUCAGGAGGGGUCGUCGGUCACGCGUUCGGGCCCGGGACGUACACGAUAUCCGGUGACAUUCACCUGGACACGGACGAAGACUGGACCCUAGACGUAGACCCUAAAUCUGGAGUCAACCUUCUUGGGGUGGCCAUUCAUGAAAUAGGACACGCCCUAGGGUUGGUGCAUUCCCGGGACCCUCGCUCUGUCAUGUAUCCGGCAUUUGUGAGGACUAACCUCGAUCUUAGUCAGGAAGACAUCGAAAACGCGCAGAUCUUGUACGGGCCCAACCCCGAGGUAAAGGACCCUCCCUUACCCGCCAAGGAGCUCAAAACGGACGCCCCCAAGGCGUGUGAACUCAACAUGGAUGAUAUCGAGCUGGGUCCGGACGGUUACACGUAUAUCUUCCGCAAGUCGCACUUGACACAGAUAGACCAACGCGGCAAACUGGUGCUGACGCCAAAGAAAGUAAAAAUUACGGACGUCUACAAGAACGGCCCGCCGGAAGUAGAUGCAGUGGCGUUCCUGGAGGAACGCAAGCAGACGUACAUGUUUUAUAACAACACAAUAUGGCGGUAUACAAACUUUGACCUGGACUUCGGUUACCCUAAAGCAAUCAAAGGCUUACCAGAAGUUCCGAAAUGCGCCACCUUCAUCCGGGACCAGUAUGGAAUCACACGACUAUUUCUGUUUGGGGUUGACCUUUUCUGGGAGUGGAGCACGGUAACGGAUGUCUUACGCGCAGGGUAUCCCCUCCAAACUGCGGAGUAUUUCCAUGGACUACAUAAGUCACCAGAGGGCGCUUUACGGUGGAAAGAUGGCUACAUUUAUUUUUUCAAGAAAGACAAGGUGUUUAAGGUACAUCCGGGCUCUUACAGUGUCCUCAACACAUAUCCGAAACCGAUGCCACCCGAAUGGAUGUUGGAUAUAUGUUAAAGUGAAUGUAGCGCUCAAUUUCUCUUCGAAAUUGAACAAUGGCAUUCUCCGUUUAAUGAAAAUGUGCCCCUUAUGCAUCAAUUCUUGAGGUUCGACAAUCGAAAAACAAUUUUACACAAUCUUAGAUAUAAUGACAGUGGACUAUUGUGUUGUGGAGAUCUCGGGAAUAUUGUAAAAAUAUAUUUUAAAUUGCGUGCAUAUAUAUGUAGAGAUUAUUACGUUUGUAUUAUACACUUCUUUUAUAUGUUUUGUUUAUGUUUUUCUUGUAUAAUUAUCAUACCAUAAACAUCCAUUCAUUUAACAUUGUAUUUAUCCAUACUUUUAAGUCUCUAUAACGCUCAAAAUCAACGAAAAUUUUUCGUUAAGUAUUUCGUAAAAUAAAGUUAACACCUUAACAAUCAGUGUUCCUUAUAGCAAUAGCCAAAAUUUCAACGCUAGAUGUGGUAUGAUUACAUAGAUUUUUGUAGAUACAAAAUGCUCGUUUUUAUUUAUUUGUGGGCACAAUUAAUUCCCGCGAUUAUAUCUAUUCAUACGACACACGAACACCAUUUUAGUGUUCAUGUGUCGUAUGAAUAGAUAUGCAAAACAAACAUAAAAACGAGCAUUUUGUAUCUACAAACAUCUAUUUUACCAGACCACAUCUGGCGUUGAAAUUUCGACAAUUGCCAUAAGGAACACUGAUUUUUAAUUGGUUAAGUUUAUUUUACGAACAAUUGUACGAAAUUUUCGUUGAUUUUGAAUAGUAAUGUUACUUUUAUAGUUUACAACAUUUACCAUGAAUAACGUUUUUAUAAUAAAAAGAGUGCAUCCUUUA